AUGCGUCAUCUCUUUGAAGUCACUUUGUUACUCGCGCUUGUGAGUGCAUCAUUUGCAGUGCGCACGGGGAAACGUACGGCUCCGAAGGGCCCAGUGUACACUGACAAGGACCCUGGCAACUACAUGCAGGAGCAUAUGGCGUCUGAGCAUCACAUCGGAGCCUUCGAUCUGGCAAGUUUCUUCGCACUGCACGAUCUUGACCGCAAUGGCAUUCUCGAGAGACCCGAGAUCGAGGCGAUUUACGGUGUGCAUCACUCGCUCUCACGCAAGCACUCGCCUAAUGCAGAAGUGCAUGAUGGCAAAGCUGAUACAAUAGUGCGCGAAGUGCUUCGCCGUCUGGACUUUAACAAGGACGGCGUUAUCACUCGCGCUGAGUUUUUGCGCGGUGGAAAGGCAGGUCUGCCGCAGUUCCCCGAGUUUGGAGCGCAUGCGCUGGGCCACCACUAUGAUGAAGAGUCCGAGUACUUUGUCCAUCACGAGAGCUUAUACCAUAACCGUCCUGAGGACCAAACGGCAGAGGCAUACAAGCACAAAGAAGAUUUGGAGCACUUUGAUCACCAUGCUGCCAUUGAGCGCGAAGAGGAGGAGCGCGAGCGCUUGGCCGAGGGCAUGCCAUCCAUUGAGGAAGACAUGCGCCGCAAACAAGCGGCAGCGGCCAAAGGCGAGACGUAUGACAGUGCGUAUGAGAAGCAAUUUUCGCCAGAAAUGAUGGAGAAUGCGAAGGACUACGAGGCUAUGAGCGAGCUGGGCGCGGCUGGCCGUGAUCUGCUCUCAGCCCAGCACAUAUUCAAGACGCCCGAUGGCAUCAAGAAGGUCGAGGCCACCAAAGACAAUGUGAUUAUGCCCAAGGGUGACCUGGGUAACGAAGAUGCACCACCUGUGUUUGCCGUGGGAGAUAGUGCCGCACGUGCUCCUGCCGAUCACAUUGACGGCGAGACGGAACUGGGCCGCAAGAUCCGUUUGGACCGUGCUCGUCGCGAGGCCAAUGGCCGCCCGCGAUUCGGUAUGGGCAUGAAUGGCUUUGCCAAGCCACGCAAUGAUGCGGAUCGACUUCGCGCGGGUAUGCCUUAUAAGUACCGCAUGAAGCAGAACCAGGGCUUUUUGCGCGAGAUGUAA